UGUAGCUGGAAAAGGGAUUUGGGAACAACAGGAAUAUUCAUGGCUGGCUGGGGCAGGGGGUUGUUGAUGGCGUUUUUCCUGUACAGAUGUUUUUGACAGCCCAUGUGCUGCUGCCACCCCCAAAGGUGCCUUUUCUUAUGGUCCCCCCCUCUCCUGCUGCUUUCCCUGCCUCCUGCUUUCUUGGGAAGAGGGGGAAGAGGCAGGAGAGCCGUGAGCAGCACUGAUGGAUCCCUUUGGGGACAGGGUCCUGCCCUGCACCCCGAUGCCACAGCCCAGCCCCUGGGUUUGGGGUGGUUUUGUGCACCCGGGGUUCUCUCUGAGCCCCAACCCUGUCAAUCCCCUCCAGCAUCCCUCCCCAAACUAGCAUCCCACAAACCAGCAUCCCACAAAUCAACAUCCCACAAACCAGCAUCCUUCCACAAAUCAGCAUUCCUCCUGGACCAGCAUCCUUUCCCAAACCAGCACCUCUCCCAAAAUCUGCAUCCUUCCAAACCAGCAUCAAUCCCUAAUCAGAAUCCUCUAAAUAAACAACCCUCUCUAAAGCACCUUCCAAAUCCUUAUCCCUCCCCAAAUUAGCAUCUCUGCCAGACCAGCAUCCCUCUGAAACCAGCACCUCUCCCAAAAUCCACAUCCAUCCCAAAUCAGAAUCAUCCCAAAAUCCACAUUCAUCCCAAAAUCCGCAUCCAUCAAAAAUCAUCACACCCCAAACCAGCCACUCUCCCAAAAUCCACAUCCAUCCCAAACCAGCACCCCUCAAACCAGCACCUCUCUCAAAAUCUUCCUCCUUCCCAAAGCCACGUCUACUGGUUGAACAUCUGUCCCCAAACCCACAACCCUCCCCAAACCAGUGCCACUUCUCCCUGAAUCCCCCAGCCCAUCCAAUGCCCUUCCCAAGCCCAUCCAGGGCCGGCCCGCACCCCUCGGAGCAACCAAGGAUGGGAUUCACCAGCCCUGAGUGCUGCCGCACUGAAUCAUCUCAAUUACAGACUUGCUUGGAUGCGAUUUGGGGAAUAAAAAAAAAAAAAAAAAAAAGGAAAAAACAACAACAAAAAAACCCCAACCCAUCCCUCUUCUUCCUCCUCCUCCUCCCCUGGGAAGGGGCGAUGGCAGCAUAAAUAGCAGCUCUCUCAGCACGGGGCCAGACGCAGCUGGAGCAGCUGGAGCACCCUGCACCAUGGCAGAGCCUUCGCUGCCCCUCUCCUUCCUCUGCCUCCUCGCCCUGUCCUCCGCCUGCUACAUCCAGAACUGCCCGCGGGGCGGGAAGCGGGCGCUGGCCGACACCGCCCUGCGACAGUGCAUGCCCUGCGGCCCCGGCAACAGAGGGAACUGCUUCGGGCCCGGCAUCUGCUGCGGCGCGGAGCUGGGCUGCUACCUGGGCACGGCGGAGACGCGGCGCUGCGCCGAGGAGGAUUCGCUGCCCUCGCCGUGCCGCGCCGGCGGGCAGCCCUGCGGAGCCGGCGGCCGCUGCGCCGCGCCCGGCAUCUGCUGCACCGCCGAGACGUGCGCCAUGGACAGCGGCUGCCUGGACGAGGACAGCGACGGCACCCAGGAGGUGGCGGACGAGAAGAACCUGACGGUGCUGGACGGCUCGGCCGGAGAUCUGCUCCUCAAGCUCAUGCACUUGGCAAACCGGCAGCAGCAGCAGCAGGGCAAGCACCCCCUGCUCUGAACCAGGCCUUGGGGAGUCCCCCUGAGCCUGCCCGAACCCCCCACCCCGGCUCUGUACAUACGACACCCAAUAAAAGCCCUCGUGCACUGUGGUGGCCUCGUCCUGGGCAUGGGGGUGGCUCCUGGGGGCUCCAGGGGAUUCAGGAUGGGGGUGUUGGAGCCUCUUCUGUCCCCAGAUCCCCGCAGAGCGCGGGUGGUUUGGCAGGGCUGGCUGCAGGGUUUGGCCCCGUCCUUGCAGCUCCCAGGGG